CUCAAUUCAUCUAACUAAUAUAACGUUACUGUUUUCGUAUCAAAUGUCAGCAUCCACGAUUAACAAACAUUGUAGUCCAUAGUGGUUUAGUUGUGAAACAAACAAUUUAGGUUGUUGAAAUAUGUGGGUAAAAUUUGUUUUAAUAGGAUUUUGCUUUUUAAAUUUAGUAAACAUAUCAGAAGGGGCUAUAUAUAUUUUUAAGAAAAGUUUUAGAAUUUAUGAUCAUCAAAAUUGGGAAAACCAGUAUCCGCAAGAACAUUGUGAUGGACUUGUAUUGCCAAUAAUGCCCAUGGGUGUUAUUACCGCCAAACAAUUAGAAAUAAAACAAUUAACAUUUGGACUCCAUAUGAGUUUCAUUUUUAACGACGAUACUGAUAUUAAAUUCAACGAAAACUCAAAAUCUAUUAUGAACUGUAUCAAAUUAAAUUCUUCAGAAAUGGUUCCGCAUUUUUGGCAAGACCCCGCAAACUGGAUGAUACAUGGUAAAGAGGACAACACAGCUGUUCCUGACAUAGAGAGGCUUCCAGGGGAAUAUGAUGACGUCAUACUUCUUAAUGGAAUUUUGACAGGCAGAGUUUAUAUAAUUAAUGAUAUUACUAUAAAAUCUUUUCAAUUUGGUACAGAGAAAUGGACUAAUUAUGACUAUGAAGAGUCUUUAAAAGAUUCAAUUCUCAGUGAUGUACUUAUGACCAUGUCAGGAAGCCUAAACAUCCGAAACCAAUCAUGUUUAGAUGAAUCUGGAUGUGAUUCCGGAAACGAAAUCGCUUACAGAGAGCACUGUACAUUCGUCGAUCUUGUCGAAACAUUCGAUUGUUUGAAUCCAAUUGAAGCAAUUGGCUUUUGUAAUCUAAUUUGUGGAGCCAGUAUAGUUUUUAGACCGCGACCUUUCUUUAAAAUAAAGCUGAUCGAAGAAAAAUUAAAGCAAUAUGAUUCUGACACGCACGUCAGUAAAGUAAAAAACAGCGACGGAGAACAGGUUAUACAGAUUAUUUUUACAGAAAAGAAAUUUACCGGAAACAGCCUUGUAGAAGCCAAAGAUUUACAUAAGAAACUCAUCGAAGAAAAAAUUAUGGACUCUACUAAUUCAGAGAUUCUUUCGUCUGGGUAUUAUUACAAGGAAGGUGCCUCUACCAAAACAACACUAUCAUUGGUUAUAGGAACUUUAAUAGCAGUUGGUUUGCUAUUUGGAUUAUUAUUUUUGAUUUUCGAAGACGAGGGAAAAUUUGCAAGUGCCAGAGAAAGAAUUGGUUUAGGACAGGGGCCACUUACGUAUAGAUCAAUUUUCUUCUCAAGACAUCUCAGUGUAAGUGAGGGAGCUGGCCUAAUUAUGGAAGGCCAAUCUGUAGCGGGAUCUCUACAUAAUAUUCCAAAGUCAUUUGAAAAUCCAUCGUUUUCGCAGUUAAAGAAAAAAUCUCCUUCUACUUCAGAAGCGAGUAAUAGUUCGGAAGAAGAUGAACCCAAGGAUAUUAAAUCGAAAGGUAUACAAAAAAUGGACCCUGAAUUAUUUGAAGAUCAAGAAAGAAGAGAGUUAAUAGAGAACGUGGCAGAAGAAGGAGAAUUGGUUGAUUUAUCAGAAAUGAAUUAAAUAUAAUAGAAUACUAAGCGCUAUGAAUUAUUUUAGAUAUACAUCAACAACUUUUGUUAUGAAAACAAUAAAUAUAUAAAGCUUUAAAAAAAAAUGGACCCUGAAUUAUUU